AUGAAUAAAAUACGAAAUAAAAGGUACAGAGAAAAAAACAUAAUGGAUAAUGAUUUUCUUAAUCAAUGUGAAAAAAAGGGGUUACAAAAAUUAACUUCAAAAGAAAUAAAUGAUGAAAUAGAAACAAAUUCAACAAAUGAAUUAAAACAUUUAGAAAGUUAUGGAAAUAUUGAGGAUGAAGAAUAUAGCCAUGAAUAUUUUACUAGCCAAAAUACCGAAACAGACAAAAAACAUAUUGAAAAUGAAAGUGUUUAUGAAAAUUGGCAAGGAGAAAUAGAAAAAGGAGGAAACAUCAUUUUUAACGAUAUAACUAUAAAUAAGACAGAUAAAAAAGGUAAUAUAAAUAAACAUAAUAAAAAUGAUGAAAGUGAAAAAAAUAAAGAUUGUGAAAUUCCCGAAAAUAUUUUAAAUAAUACAAAUAAAUAUGAUAUAGUUAAACCUGAAAAAAAAAUAAGAAAAUGUAUAAAUAAUAUUGAUGAUAAAGAAAAUGAAAAUUGUAGUUAUACAAGGAAAGAAAAAGUAAUAAAAAAUGUGGAAAAUAUUUUGAAAAAUAGUGAAAAAUAUAUAGGAACAGAUAAUGUAACUCUUAAUAAAAAAAAUACCAUUAAAUUAAGUGUUAAUGGAUUAAAAAAUUGUGUAAAAAUAAAUAAUAUGAAAGAAAAUUGUGUGAACAUAAUUAAAAAUGAUAACCACGUUUGCUCUAACAGUUCUUCACUUCCUAUUAUUAUAUUUGGCAUUUCUGAAACGUUAGAAAAAAUUAUGACAAUCGAUAAAAGUAAUGAUAUAAAUAAAAUAAAGAUGAUCGAGAUUGUACAGGAUUUAAAUAUACUUAUGAAAUCUUAUUAUAACAUAAUAAUAAAAUGUGAUUCGAGUUUAACCUUAACAGUUAAUAAAAUAAAUGUGUUAUAUAAGAAUUAUAAAAAUAUAGAAAACAACAUAUAUGAAGCAUUAUAUAAAAAAAGAAACUCAAAAGUAUUGGAAAUUUUAAAUGAUAAAAAAAUUAAAGAAAUAGAUAUUAACCAUGUAAAUAAAAAAAUAAAAAAUGAAUAUCAACAAAUUAAUAUAUUUAAUUCAACAAUGUAUAGUUCAGAUAUUACUAAUCCAUCAAUUAAUUCAUUUAUAGAUAAUUGUAUUAAUAUUGAGAAUAAGACAUUGAAUCCAAAUAUCUUAAAAAAUGAAAAUAGUUUUAGUGAUUUUAUGAUGGAUACAAAUAAGUUAGAACAUACAAGUGAAGAUAAACAUAAUUCUGAUGUAAAAAAUGAAUUAAGUUUCGAAAAUAUUGAUGGAAUCUCUAUUUUAAGUAAAGAGAAUAGAGAUAGAAAGAAUCAAAUAAUUAACAAUAGUGUUGAAAAAAUAGAUAAAUUGGAAAAAAACAAAUGUAAUGAUUUAAAAAUAUUUUCGAGUAUUAAUUCAAAGUCUACAACUAUGUCAAGUUAUAAAGACAGUGAUAAUAUCGAUCAAAUUGGAAUCGAAAAUAUUAUAAUUAAAGAUAGUAUCCUAAAUAAAUCCAAGAUACAUAACAAACUUAAAAGGAUGGUAAAUAAAAGAGAAUAUAUUUUGAAAAAAUUGGAGAAAUUAAAUUCGCUAUUUUUUUUUAUAUUUAAUCAUAAAGGAAAUAUAAUAAAUUAUUUACAUAAAGAAAUAAAUUCUUGUAUUUUAGAAUUUGAUAAAACAUAUAAAUUAUAUAUACCCAGUUAA